CUCAAGAGUCAAGACUCAAAAGAGUAACGGCGAAUAUGGAAGGGAUUGGGCUGCGAAGUUGCGGCGAGGAGAUUCUACGUCUCGGGUUUAGUUUACGCGGUGGUAACGGCGUCAGGUUUCCGGUUCUUCGGCGAGCUAUGGUGAUAAAGAUGAGAGACCGUGGCAAGAACAGGAAACCAUUGCAGAGAGGUCGAAUGCUCAGUAUCGAAGCGAUUCAAGCGGUUCAAGCUUUAAAGCGAGCUAAUCCUCUUCUUCCUCCUCCUCCUCCUCCACCUCCUCCUCCUCCUCCUUCUUCUCCCAUGUCUUCUUCCUCAGUGAUGCUUGAUCGUGUAAUCGAUUCCAAAUUCCGUCGGCUCUUGAAAUUCGAUAUGGUCGCCGUUCUCAGAGAGCUUUUACGCCAAAGCGAGUGCUCUCUAGCUCUCAAGGUAUUUGAAGAGAUUCGAAAAGAGUAUUGGUAUAAGCCUCAGGUGAGAUUGUACUCAGAUAUGAUCGCUGUUAUGGCGGAUACUAGUUUGGUCGAAGAGGUUAGCUAUCUUUACUAUGCGAUGAAAUCAGAAGAGGGUUUAAUGGCUGACAUUGAAGGUUUCAACACUCUCUUGACGACACUUUUGAAUCAUAAGCUGUUUGAUCUUGUCAUGGAUUGCUAUGCCUUUAUGCGAUCAAUUGGGUAUGAGCCUGAUAGGUCUUCCUUUAGGAUUUUGGUCUUAGGUCUUGAAUCGAAUGGAGAAAUGGGUUUAUCUUGCUAUUGUUAGACAAGAUGCUCAUGAGUAUUAUGGUGAAUCACUUGAGUUUGUCGAAGAAGAUGAAGAAAGUAUCUAGUGGGACUGGUGGUGUGUUGCUCUAAAUGAUGGAGCACAAAAAAGUUGAGAGAUUUGGAGAGAUCUUCAUUGUCCUAUGUUCAGUAGAGCUCGAUACUGUAUACUAAUAUCUUCCAAGUAGGAGCCGAUUAGAUGAUGCGUGGAUUUUCGUAGCUAAGGUUAGCCGAACCAUAUCAUGUAGGCUUGUAUGUUGUAACAUUGGAAUGUUACCACCGAGUACGCGUUUUUGGAUUGCAUCAGAGAAGAUACGAAACUUGAAUCUGUUCCAGUCAC